AUGUCUUCAGAUGAGAAACCCAAGGACCAGGAGACCAGCUUCCCACCCAAAGAAGAGCCAGAACAUCAGGAACCAGAACAUCAGGAGGAGCAGGAGCGCGGUGAAGAGGCUGGCGGCGACGUGGCUGGCGGCGAGGACGACAACGCAUCGGGAGAGCAGCAGGUUGGACAGCAAGAUGGACAGCAAAACGGCAAAAUGGGAGAGCUGAGUGAAGACAACUCAGACGACCAGGAGGAUAAUGAGCCAGCGACACCACCGCAGCAAGAGCGCCGGCGACCCAGUGGUAGCCGCGAAAAGGAGCAAACCCAAACCAAGACCCAAUCUCGCCGGAGGAGAAGAGCCCCCUACCAGCGCCAAGUAGAAGACGACUAUGACGAGGAAGAGCAGUCAAUGGUGCCCCGUCAGCAGCGGCAGCAACAGAUGUAUCAACAGCAGCAGAUGCAGAUGCAGCAGCAGCAACAACAGCAAAUGCAGCAACCUCAGAAGAAGGAGGAUGGCAAGAAUCCCCUUAAGCUGCGGCUCGACCUAAAUCUGGAUAUUCAGAUUGAGUUGAAGGCAAAGAUUCAUGGAGAUCUGACACUGGCUUUACUGUAA